GACUUGAUGUCUAUUUAUUUAGCAUUCAUUUUAAAAAUCAGAAUUACAGAAUUUAAAAAAAAAGGUUCUUUUCUGUGAGUAAAACUAUAAAAACAGUCCAUUUAGAUUUGUAUAUUUACCCAGAAUGACCUGCAACUUCAUUUAAUUCCCCACUAACCUAAAAAUGUAACAUCAGAUACACCAACUUGCACAGUUACUCACAUUUUGAUUCAAUUUUAUAUAUUGAACCAACCAAAUAGAGUGCAAACUUUACAAGCAUAGUCAGUAUUUAACUCUUUUAUAAAAAUGUUUUGGUAAAUUUGGCGUGAUUUUGUGAAUUUUAACACAAGUGAAACAUUUCUGGGACAUUUACUGUCAUUUACUGUAAACCAAAAAAACAUUACUUUAGGAACUGUCAGAGUUUAAAACAUAUAUGAUGUUAUACUUUAUGCCAUAUAUAGUUUAUCCACAAAAUUCUAGUGUAUCACCGCGUGACAUGUAUUUUUGUACAAAAAAUAUCAUUUCAGAUAAAUGUUUUGUGUGGAAAGAUCCAGAAGAAACAUAAAAUUUUGAAAUUAUUAUUAUUACUUUAAAGUAAUAAUAAUAAUUUCAAAACAAUCGUUUGUCUUCUGUUCCGACUGUGGUAUAACGUCACGAGAGCGGCGCGCGAGGCUGACUGCAGCACUUCCUCGAGGCGGAGAGGCCAGAACGCACUCCGCGGCGACGCGCACAGAGGGGAGCUGGGAAGACGGAAGAGAGGACGCAGAACAAACUUGAUAACUUCUAGCUGACCGGCUGGAAAUACAAUUAGUUGCUAUGUAACAGCAGAAGAUGUUACAUAUUUCUACACAGAUUUAGUUAGCUAACCAAACUCCCUCUUUACACCCAGUCACCGCUGUCUCAACUUGCCACACGACCCGACCAGCGGACCCAGCAGUUUUCAAACAGACGUUGCACUUGCUCAGCCGACCCAGAGCCAUCCACCGUUACAAAGUCACAUUUAUCUUCCGCUAAAGUGCUGUAUUAACCAGUACAUUGAGCUAACGUUACACAACAUUAGCUGGCUGGCUCGGGGGGACUGGGGCUUUUUCUCCUUGUGGGAAAAGUUGUCCACGGUGGUGUUGGAGAAGCCAACGAGGCCUGCAGUUGACGAGGCUGCAUGUGUGGAGACCGCCGCUGGCGAGGAGUGAGUCACACGGCGUUAGCUCAACAACCAGACAAACAUGUCGGCCCAGGCGCAGAUGCGAGCGAUGCUGGACCAGCUCAUGGGGACGGGGAGAGACGGAGACACCAUGCGGCAAAGAAUCAAAUUCACAGAUGAGCGAGUCUGCAAAAGUCACCUUUUGGAUUCAUGUCCUCAUGACAUACUCUCAGGCACUAGGAUGGACCUGGGAGAGUGUAUCAAAGUUCAUGACUUGGCCCUGAGAGCAGAUUAUGAGAUUGCCUCAAAAGAGCAGGAAUACUUCUUUGAACUUGAUGCUGCUGAACACCUUCAGUCUUUCAUCGCUGACUGUGACCGCAGAACUGAGCUGGCCAAGAAGAGACUAGCAGAGACACAGGAUGAGAUCAGCGCUGAAGUGGCUGCAAAGGCUGAACGUGUCCACGAGCUGAAUGAGGAGAUCGGGAAGCUGCUGGCCCGGGCAGAGCAGCUGGGGGGCGAGGGGAACGUAGAUGAGGCUCAGCAGCUGCUGGAAAAGGUGGAGAAAACCCGGGCAUUAAAGAAAGAAGCAGAGGAUGUGUACAGGAACUCGAUGCCAGCAUCCAGCUUUCAACAACAAAAACUACGGGUCUGUGAGGUGUGCUCAGCCUACUUGGGCCUCCAUGACAAUGAUCGACGUCUGGCUGACCACUUUGGAGGCAAACUGCACCUCGGUUUUAUUGAAAUCCGAGAGAAACUUGAAAAGUUGAGGAAAGCUGUUAUAGAGAAACAAGAAAGAAUGCGAAUGAAAAGACGAGAAGAACGCGAAAGAGAAGAUGAAAGAGAGCGACAGUGGGAGAUGGAGCGAGAGCGAGAAAGAGAGCGGGAACGAGAGCGAGAAUGGGAGAGAGAACGAGAAAGGGAGCGCAGGAGGUCAAGAUCUAGAAGCGGAGACCGUUACAGGGAUGGAGGCAGUUCUUCCUCCCAUCGAUCAAGGCGUCACCAUUCCUCCCGUUCCAGAGAAGAAGGUGGCGAUCGGGAUCGGGAGAGAGAGAGGAAACACCGACAUAAGGACAGACAUCGCUCACGCUCCCACUCUCACAGACGCAAAAGGAAGAGAUCCUCCAGAGACAGAUCAUCUCACACCCGCGAAAGAGAGCCCUCACCGUCCCAGGAGAGGUGGAAGGAGGGUGCAGCGGAGGGCUGGCGCAAUGACAGAGCGGAGUAUGCAAACUGGGUGGACAGGGAGAGGUCUCCCUCCCCGGACAUGGCCAAGGCCAGGGAACGAGAAAGAUCCCUGUCGUACGAGCGGGACCGACGCUCCAGCUCUGAGGAGCGAGAGUCUGGGGAGAUAUGAAUGCCUCCAGGGUCGUUGAUUUGGAUAGUAUUGUCUAGUAAAAAGGAGCAUGGAGAGAUGAGUGUGCUGAUGAGAAUGAUGGGUGUGUUGAGUCUGUAUGUGUGUUCGUGUUGAAAGUGGGAUGUGUACAUUAGCCAGGGUGGACAAUGAGGAUGAGGGAACUACUUCAGAAGUGGCAGUCAAAGAAACAAACCGACUUUUAUAAGACUGCGUGAGGCUAGUCUGACCUGGAAGCAGUAUGGUCAUUGUUUUUUUAUGCCAUCUUGUCGAUCUUAUGUACAGUUGUUUUCACAGUGAUGAGGAGAGAGUAAGUGAAAAGACAGCAGCCCUACUUUACAUCUGUAUUUACUUUACUCACAUAAAGUGCUGUUAUUUUUUAUCAUUAGUUAUAACUUUAAUGUUAAUACCGGUUCCCCUGUUUCAUUAGUUUCAGUAGCUGUGGGUUUAUUUACAUGGGUUGGUCUCAUUAAUGGCCUCGCAGUAAUGCUUAAAAUGAGCUGUGAAUGACUGAAGGCACUUCUAUUGUUUGUGUUUUAUUUGCUGCCUUCAAGCCAUAACAAUCUCAUUUGGAAAUCUGAUACAUAUUUGUUCAGAUGCAGUGAUCAGCUUGUACUUUAAAAAUAAAAUCACUCAUCCCCAUAAAAAAAGUCAUCCAAAUAUUUUUGCUCAGAUCCUGACACGUGAAGGCAUAAAGGUGAUGUGCAUAUAUACAAAGUGAUACUUUGCUGUAAUUAAAAAAUGGAGGAAUUUGGGGGGAGGACCUAUUUUGCUGUGCCACCAUUAAGUGAAUAAAAUUUUCUGCUUCCAUUCAAAUGUGA